CUGGCCAAUGCGCGUCGCCGGGGCGGAGUCGUGGUGGUGGGCGCCUGGAGAGCUUCGGAGGGAGCUCCGGGCCAGGGGCUAGGAGAUCCAGUUUCCCGGCUCCCGCUUCCAGCCGCGGAAAGAGUUAAGUAGGUGGAGCUGCGAGCGAGAAAGCAGCCGGGGAGAAAGGAGGCGGAUUCCGUAGCCAGCACCGGAUUGCGCUUGCCGCCAGCCAGCCAGCUCCCAGGGCUCUCCGCCCGCCUUGGCCCCGUCGCUGCUGGGGGAGCCGGGGGAAGGCGUCAUGGAGGACCUCUUGGCCGUCCUCCUGGCGCUGCUGAGCCUCUGGUUCACGGGGGCCUUCUUGAUGAUCGUCCUGCCUUCCCUCUUCGGCUUGUCCUUGGGCAUCUCGGAGCUCUACAUCAAGAUCUUGGUGAAGACCUUAGAGUGGGCCACACGUCGAAUUCAGAGAGGAAUAAAAGAGCAGCGGAUAGAAGUUCAGAAAAUUCCCAGUUCAAAUGUUAUUAUCCAGAGAGAUCACACUACAAUGGAGGAGGCGAUUGCAGGCCUGCGCCCAGGGGACUUUGAACUCUCCGAUGCUUUCUAUUACUGCAAAAAAGGCGUUGAGGCCAUUGUGGAAGACGAGGUCACCCAAAGGUUCACGUCGGAGGAGCUGGUCUCCUGGAACCUCCUCACCAGGACCAACAUCAACUUCCACUACAUCAGCUUACGGCUGACUGUGGUGUGGGUUAUUGGGGUCUUUGUGAGGUAUUGCCUCCUGCUCCCUCUUCGUGUCACCUUGGCAACCAUUGGGAUCCUAUCCAUGAUUGUGGCCACCACCUUUGUGGGGAAGCUGCCAAACAGCGAAACCAAAAACUGGCUGAGUGACCUGGCCCACCUCACAUGCUCCCGGAUCCUUGUGAGGGCUUUAUCCGGCACCAUCUAUUACCAUAACAAGGAGAACAAACCCCAGAAAGGAGGCAUUUGUGUCGCCAACCACACGUCUCCGAUAGAUGUUGUAAUACUGACAAACGAUGGCUGUUACGCAAUGGUUGGCCAAGCUCACGGGGGACUCAUGGGUGUCAUUCAAAGAGCCACCGUCAAGGCUUGCCCACACGUCUGGUUUGAACGUUCUGAAAUGAAGGAUCGCCACCUAGUGACCAAAAGGCUGAGGGAACAUGUAGCCGAUGGGAACAAACUGCCAAUUCUCAUUUUCCCAGAAGGCACGUGUAUAAACAACACCUCUGUAAUGAUGUUUAAAAAGGGAAGUUUUGAAAUUGGUGGAACCAUCUACCCAGUGGCCAUCAAGUACGACCCCCAGUUUGGUGACGCCUUCUGGAACAGCAGCAAGUACGGAAUAGUGAGCUACCUCCUGCGAAUAAUGACCAGCUGGGCCAUCGUGUGCAACGUGUGGUACCUGCCGCCCAUGAUGAGAGAGGAAGGAGAAGAUGCCGUUCACUUUGCCAACAGGGUGAAGUCUGCCAUCGCGCGCCAAGGAGGACUCACCGAAUUACCCUGGGACGGCGGCUUGAAAAGAGCCAAAGUGAAGGAUACUUACAAGCAAGAAGAGCAGAAAAACUACAGCAAGAUGAUCAUUGGGAACGGGUCGUCUGCACGUGGAUCGCUAGCAGCGGACUGAUUUUUUUCCUCCCUCCCCUGAGAUAUCUCAUGCUUCAAUGUAGGAAGUUUGGAUUCCCCCCUCCCCCAGUAGAAACAGAAUACAACGCUGAGUUCAGGGAGUGAAGGACGUGGCUUUUGUUUGCUUAAAACUCUUUUUUUGGGAAGGCGUACUGCUAGUCACUGGCAAAUUCCAGCUUUUGACAUCCGGACGGGAGAAUUGGACUGAAGCUUGGAGGAGGACAGAAAACUCCCGGUGUUUAAAGAGGGGCUAUAACUUUUUGAACAUUUGCCCGAGAGGAUGUACAUAAUACUAAUAAAAAAUCAAGUUGUUUUGUUGUGUCGCGUCAUUCUGGAACGUCUGAAUGACUCCUCCUCCCCGGUCACGUGGAUUGUUUGUCGAUUGUUAGUGUGUUUUGAUUGAUGGUCUUACAUUUCUGAGGUUGCGUUGGGGGAUGUAUCCUUGGGGGGUUGUGUGUUUUGAAAUAACUUGGUUUUGAGGAAGCGAGCAAAAACCCUGACGUUCACAGGUGGAGUGGGUAGGGUCAAUCGCCUUGAAAAUGGGCACUAGGAAAUUGAAGGGUCUACAGAUUUAUGUGUGUAUGUCUUGUAGAAACUUAAUCUCAUCUGUUAAAAGAAGCGUCUGGAGUAAUGAGCUUUUCCACAUUGUCAUUUUCUUCACUUGUAGAUUCCUGUUUCUUCUGGAUGGAGUGGUCUGUUCUACAUGUGCUUUGCUCACUCUAGUGACAAAUUUGUUAUUGCAUUGAUUUAUUGCACUGAUUUAAACUGCAGGUUUUUAUGCUGGACAUAAACUAGUGUAGUAUUGAAUCGACCUCUAAAGGGAACAAAACAAAUGUGGAACAGAGAAACCCCUUCCUCAAGAAACAGGAACUUAUAAACAAGGAAAAUGUGAAUAUGGAAAAGCCCGAUGUUUGAAACAGAUCUGAGAUUUUGGGGUUUUUUUCUGCACAAGGGAAGAUGGCAAAGAAAAGCUUUAAACACUCCAGACUUUCAAAUCAGUCUGCCUUCUUUAAGAAUAAAAUCCCUAAACAUCAAAGGGGGGAGGGAAAGGAAACAAAUGCUUACGAAAAUGCACUUCUCUCAUGAACUGUGUUGGCAACGGUUUAUCUGUAUAUCUGUCAUUUGUUGUAUGAGGAAAUAUGUUGCCUUAUUGUAAAUUGAAAUAAAUUCUAUAUUUCUAA